CCACCCGCUUUUUAUUUAUUUAUUUUUUUUUUAAAUUGAAAACAUUGCGCCGCAGUUGAGAUGUGAUCCAGGCGUUUUGGAGCGCUUCCUUAGAAUUUCAGGGAUGAGUAGCCGUAAGGAGCUGGUCGAGAAGGGGUGUUCAUUGAUUCAGAGGGGAGGGAAGCGGCGGGGCGGUGGGAGCGUUGCCCCCACGCAGGAGCGGGUGCGGACCGGUCUGUUUUCGUCUCCUCGAGUGGGCUGCAGCACUUGGGUUCAUUCAAAGCCUGACUUCACACUGCUUGCGCCUGUAAUUUGCAGAGGGGAGGCAGGUAUGGAGGUUGUAGUAGCCAUUAGGAACUUGUAAAAUUAGCAGCCCCGGUGUGCUUGAGGGGAACGGCGUUAGAGGAAAAGUUGCUGAGUUCCCAAUAGCGGUGCCACCAGAAGUUUUUUCUCCUUGCGAUACAGCCUGUCACAGCUGGAGGUUUUCUUUCACCCUGCUCCGCGAAGUUACCCUCUCUGGGAAGGGACGGUUUCACUCUGUAGCCGUCAUUAAAGAAGAUGCAUGUAGUUAGAAACUGCGCGUGUGGAGAAACGACUUCCCACUGCAUUAGUCGAUUCUAAGGAAACUUUUAAUUUUGUGCUUCGAGAAACCUGAUUGCUGCUUGGAUUACUUUUCUACCUUGGUCUAGAAGAUAACUUGAGGAAAAUGGAAACAGAUGAGGCUCAAGAUAUGUCCCAGGUUUCAGGCAAGGAAAGUCCUCCAAUUAGUGACGUCCCAGAUGAUGCAGAUGAACCUAUGCCUGUACCAGAGGACCUUUCAACUAGUACUGGAGGACAACAGAAUGCUAAGAAUGAGAGAGUCUUGGCCGGUAAUAUUAAAAUAGAGACUCAGAGUGAUGAAGAGAAUGGGCGUGCCUGUGAAAUGAAUGGGGAAGAAUGUGCGGAGGAUUUACGAAUGCUUGAUACCUCGGGAGAGAAAAUGAAUGGCUCACACAAUGGCCCAGGCAGCAAGGCUAUGUCAGGAGUUGGAGGCAUUCGACUUCCUAACGGAAAGCUAAAAUGUGAUAUCUGUGGGAUAAUUUGCAUCGGUCCCAAUGUGCUCAUGGUUCACAAACGAAGCCACACUGGAGAACGCCCUUUCCAGUGCAAUCAGUGCGGAGCCUCCUUUACACAGAAGGGCAACCUUCUGCGCCACAUAAAGUUGCACUCGGGUGAAAAGCCCUUCAAGUGUCACCUGUGUAACUAUGCCUGCCGUCGCAGGGAUGCCCUCACGGGACACCUGAGGACUCACUCGGUUGGCAAACCGCAUAAGUGUGGAUACUGUGGUCGCAGCUACAAGCAGCGCAGCUCUUUGGAAGAACAUAAAGAACGCUGUCAUAACUACCUGCAAACCAUGAAUAUCUCAAGCAGCCUUUAUUCAGUCAUAAAAGAGGAAACUAACCAGAGUGAAAUGGCUGAAGACCUGUGCAAGAUAGGGUCAGAAAGAUCCCUCGUGCUGGAUAGACUAGCAAGUAACGUCGCCAAACGUAAGAGCUCUAUGCCUCAGAAAUUUGUUGGUGAGAAAUGUCUGCCCGAUCUUCCAUACGACGCCACCACCAACUAUGAGAAGGAGAAUGAGAUAAUGCAGACGCACGUUAUAGACCAGGCCAUUAAUAACGCCAUCAGUUACCUGGGGGCAGAGUCCUUGCGUCCCCUUGUCCAGACACCACCAGGUGGUUCUGAGGUGGUGCCCGUCAUCAGCCCCAUGUAUCAGCUCCACAAAUCUCUUGGGGACAAUCAGGCUCGCUCCAACCACGCAGCUCAGGACAGCGCAGUGGAAAACUUGUUGCUGCUUUCCAAAGCCAAAUCCGUCUCCUCCGAACGAGAUGCCUCUCCCAGCAACAGCUGCCAAGACUCAACAGAUACAGAGAGCAAUAACGAGGAACGCAGUGGUUUAAUUUACCUGACAAACCACAUAGGUCCCCACGCAAGAAAUGGCAUCUCGAUAAAAGAAGAAAACAGGCAAUACGAUGUCUUGAGGGCAGGUACUGACAAUUCCCAGGAUGCUUUCAAAGUGAUCAGCAGCAAUGGGGAGCAAGUGAAAGUUUACAAGUGCGAACACUGUCGAGUCCUUUUCUUGGAUCACGUGAUGUACACGAUCCAUAUGGGCUGCCACGGGUUCCGCGAUCCUUUUGAAUGCAACAUGUGCGGCUACCACAGCCAGGACAGGUACGAAUUCUCUUCCCACAUAACUCGAGGGGAGCACCGUUUCCACAUGAGUUAAAACUCCUCCGGCACAGCCCUAGCCUCCACAGCUGCGUUACUGGAGCUGCACGAGCCACGACAGCAGCAAAGCACAAGUCAGCUGGACAGUAAAAGUAACAAGAGAAUCAAAAGUUCAGUGAUCUUCUCCCACAAGAAAAGAUUUUUUUUUUCCUAUUGGUAGCAUGCAUUGCAACUCAGUUUUCUAAAAUGAGUACUGAAGUUUUUACUGAAAAAGUUUGACCACCAAAAACCUUUAGUAAUGUAAGUAGGAGCUUUUGUAGUCACAUAGCUGAAAGCCCUUCCCUUAACUGAUGCUUCUUGCAAACCUCCCUUGCCAAAACUGUUAACCAUGCACAGGAUGCACCACGCGGACGAGGACGGGACAGGCAGGAGUGGCCAAGUUUUCCCUCUUAACACCCCGAGCGCAGGGCUCUUACAACAGGUGUGUGUUUUUUGACUUCCUGGUAUUAUCUGACUCUUUUGGGAAGAUUAAACUCAACUAAAGACGGAGGGGCCCAUCCCAGACGACUUUGCAGGCAGCUGGGGUGGGACGGGACCCCCAGCCAGAGGGUCCUGAGUUGCUUUGGUGGUAAAGAGUAGAACGUUUCCACCUGCGAGGGUGCUGCUGGUAUUGACGUCGCAGCAUGCCUUGUUUGUGUCACUAGGCGGGCGAGCAGGUAUGUGAACGAGAUAAGAAACACCCUUGUAAUAUACUCUGUGAAGUAUGAAUUGCAUUUAAUGUAUAGAAAAAGGGUAUUGUUGGCUCUUCUUUGAAUAAAUGUUUUCUCACCCUGUCCAAUAAAACCCCACUUUUCAUUACGAAACCCCUCUUCUCUCUGCAUAAACAAGUUACGAUGUAUUUAAUUUUUCUUUCCUUCUUUUUAAAGCUCUAGUUAUUUAGAAAAGUAUGACGUACAGUCGAGAAAAGCACCAGCUAGAAACACAUGUGAGGAAGGGCUCUCUGUGCACAUUUUUCAUCUUUUUAAACUGCCUGGAAAAUAUCCAAGUGUCCCCCUCUCUUACAUGUGAAAAAACGAUCCCAUUUUGCUUGCACAGAAGAUGUCCUCUUGUCGAUUUUGUGGCUCUACCUGUAAGUGUUGCACUUUUAAUUAUUUUUAAAGCACGGAGCUGAAUUAAACCAACCAGUCAAAAUCUGUGGCCUUCCUCCUUUUUCCUGGCACUUGCUAUUUGGGUGGACCAAGCCCGGCAAAGGUGCUGAGAACCCUGGCUUCCUAUUCAACAAAUCAUUUCACCAUGUGCUUUAAGUUGCUUUUACUUCAGCGGAACUGAUCUUCAGGUUAAAAAAAACCGGCGUUUUGCUGGAUGGAGAUCAGAGACUGCAGCACUUCGCAGAGCGCAGCAAAAUCCACGAGGAGCUUACUCCGUGGCAGGUUCCGCUGCAGAUGCUGUAACUUCAGUUGGAAUAAAAACUUCUAUGAAGAAUAGAUUUUAACCCCAAACACAGCUGAUGUUAAAAACGUAUUUUUUAAAAAAAUCUUCUCCUUAACUUCCUCUUCCAAAUAGUUCAUUCCUCUCCCUGAACACCCUCGUACUUUUAAGACUGGGCAAAAAAGACACUCUUGCAGCUGCAUAAAAAUCUGUCGUCGGUGCUGCAAUACUUCCUGGGCAACAUUCAUAAAAAUAACCCAUCUUAUUGAGUUAAUGUAUAAAUGCUUCCACUCUGCAUAAGAAAUGGCUGUUCUCCAACUAACACCAUCACUCAACCACCAAGACUAGCCGUCUUGGCAUACAGUUACACGGGCUCCAUUCGGAAGGGCAUGCAAGCGCAUGUAUUUAUUAGAAAAGAGACUCGGUGGAACCAUGAGUGCUGAACCAAUUUGGCCUGAUAUGUGUAGCUAUAUUUGAUACACGUUUCCUAUAUACACAUGCUCUUACAGGCACGCAGAGUUCCUUCUUCUGCUUUCACUUUUGCAGGUGUAAGACAAGAGCAACAACACUGAAGUUAGAGGAAAGGUACUGGUGAAAUAAUGAAUUACAAGUAUAUGCUUUUUCAAUUUCACGUCUUAACUUUGCACGCCAGCUGUAAGAAAGCCAUUUACUUCACGUGACACGCGGGCGCAGCGGUGGUUUUACACGGAAAGUGCCUGCGUGCGUGCCCGUUUUGUAGCUUUUGCCACCAAAUGCGAAUGCUGUGUAUGACAGUCCGUAGCCCGAUGCGUGUAACCCACAGCACGGAAAACAAAUCCCCAGUAGGUGUUUGGUGGGAUGGUACAUACAGGGUGGCCCAUGACCCCCCCCAAAAAAUGAGUGUAAGCCGCGGGCCCAAAGGUCAUUGCCCUAAGAGAUGUUACUGCUUGCUACCUUCCAGCCCGCGGCACCGCGCAGGGGGUGGGCACAAGGAAUCGCCGGCCACUUUCAUGCCGCGACUACGGUUUUGUCGCCGAUGCCUGAUACACGUCCAGCUUCAAGAGAGACGGUACACGGCAAUGAGGUGUUACCAGUUACGUAUUUUGUACAGGAAUGACCCGAAGAAGGCCUUCAAGGGAGGAGCUUGAAGUGAUGAUUUUCCUUUUUUUCUUUUUUUUUAAAUAAAGUUGAAAGGGGUUUGUUUUUUCGUAGCUGGUGGGGAUACAUCCAGCUGGUUUUACCCCUUGUCCUUUAUCCCUCCUCCUCCUCCUCGGAGCACGAGGUCAGGGAGAGCAUCUGUCGCCUGUCAUUGGCCGAUCCAGCCUAAGCCACGACACCCCGCUCCGCUUUCGAUUGAUGCCAGUCAAGAAGGGACGAAGUAGCUCCCCAGCCCUGCUUCAGUGUCCUGGGUGUAGUCAGAUAUUGGCUGGACAGGAAUAGUCUGGUUUUACCGCUCUGACACCUCUUUCCUGCUGCUCUUAGAGUUAGGCCACUCUACACCCCAUACCAUAAUUUUCUUUUUUAACCCUUCAUUUUAAGACACCCCAAGCUAUAAAAGGGGAGGGCAGAAGCUUACGCAGGUGGUUUUGUUUGUUUGCUUUUGCUAAAAAUCCAACACAAAUAAAGCCCCAUCCAUUACCCGUGUAAAGAAGGAUCGCUCCGGUGGAGUUUAAGGCUCCUUUGAACUUAACUUUUACAUGUGAUUUCUGGGCAGGGUCACCACCUCGGCAACAUCUCUGUGCACACACGCACGUGGAUGAAUUUCUGUGUCGCUUUUCUUGUCGACGUGCACGUGCCCGAGCUGUGGGGUUGUGUAUCGUUAAUAUUUUAUAUACAUAUGUAUGUGCGUACAUAUAGAUCUCUAAAAUGGUUCGCGUGGCACGAUGCUGCACUGCCAGACACUGUCAGUGGGUUUGUUUCCUGGGUCUGGAGGUUUCUUGUUCAUACUAUAAGAGAAUAUGUCGAUGUUGUAUAUGAAACAGUACAGUAGCGUAAGUAAGUAUAUCAAGACACAGUGUAUCAGAGGCCAUAGUCUAAAGGCAGGAGCAAACAGCAUUCCCCGGUCACUAAGAGGCUUUUUAGGUUUGCUAUUUUUCGGGGUUUUUUUUUCUUUUUUGCACAAAUUCAUCUUCUAUUUUUUUAGAAACAAGCGUUUCAUUAGUUUUAUUUAUGAACAUAUGCAAGAAAAUAGGAUGUUGUAUAUGUGUACAUCAAAAAAAAAAUGUGCCCUCAGAAACCUAGUUUAGUGUAAUCUCCCUUUUUCUCCUUUUUUUUUUUUUUUUUUUGCUGUGGUGCAAUGCCCUGAUAUGGUUUAGUUGAACCCUAAAAUGAGUAAAUAUGGUGAAUAGCUUUACGUUUAUGUCUUUUUAAAAAAGGUAAAAAGUAACCACUUCCCAGCGCUUCCCCAGACAUCGCCUUUUCUAAUAGAAAAGUUGUAUUUACACACUUUUUUUUCCCAUGAUUUUAUAUUGUAACUUCAUUUUUCUUCGAGAACAUUG